UUAACGGAGACAGCCGACCGCCGCGGAGUUGAAUUUCACAGCCGUGGCGGGAGGAGUCAGGGGCUCGUGGAGAAGAAAGGCAGGCUUCUCACGACAGAUCGUCGCUGUUGUCGCGGGUCGACCUACAGUUCUGUAUACGCGCCUCUCUCCGCAGGUGAAGCUGACCCCACGUGUCCGGUCUGUGCAGCUGUUCUCCACGCGAACAUGAAGCCCGCUCACCUGUUCCUCGCGCCCCGGGUCCUGCUGCUGAUGCAGAUUCUGGCUGCUCUGGUCACAGCAGGUCUGGCCCAGUCUGUUAGCAGUGUGGUGGUGGCCACGUACAACAUCAGCGCCCCCGCAGGCUCUGAGGCGGUACUGCAGUGCCACAGCCAGCGCAUGGUGUGGACCCAGGACCGGCUGAAUGAUCGGCAGCGUGUGGUCCACUGGGACCUGUUCCGCUCCACCCCGGAGUACGCCAUGGAGCGGGUUCUAGACAUGUUCUCCGCCGGGGACCAGCGCAUAUACAACGGCUACAACAAGGGCCGCGUCAGCAUGCCCAAGACCGCCUUCAGCGACGGGAACUUCUCCUUGGUUAUCAAGGGUGUGGUCCAGAGUGAUAGAGGACUCUACACCUGUAACCUCCACCAUCACUACUGCCACCUGUAUGAGUCUAUCAAAGUCCAGCUCAACGUCACCAAAUCAGCGCGUAAGGAGCGUAAGUUCUGGGACGGUGAGAAGGCCGUGUUCGUGGUCCUGGCGGGUUCCACCGCGGUCCUGCCGUGCGUGAACCGGCGGAGCAUCUGGACGGAGGGCGGCAGCGAGGAGCAGCAGCAGGUGGUGCACUGGGACCGGCAGUCCCCCGGUGUGCGGCACGACCACGCCGACCGGCUGGUGGACCUGUACGCGUCCGGCGAGCAGCGCCACUACGGUCCGCAGUUCCUCCGCGGGCGCAUGAACAUCACGGCCGAGGCCUUCUCCCGCGGCGACUUCUCCCUCACCGUGGCGCGCCUCACGCCCGCCGACCAGGGCCUCUACUCCUGCCACCUCCACCACCACUACUGCGGCCUCCACGAGAGGCGCGUCUUCAGCCUCACCGUCACACAAGCACACACACACACUCACUCACACACGCAGAAGCCAGCAGCCAGCAGCCCGCCACAAGCCCUGCCCAACGACGACCCCAACUCUGGAGUAGGGGACGCUCCGCGGGUCAUCAACGUCAUCCUGCCGGACCAGCGAGCUCACUUCCUGCAGCAGCUGGGCUACAUCCUGGCAACGCUGCUGCUGCUGGCGCUCGUGCUCCUCGCCAUCAUCCUCAUCACGCGCCGGGGCAAGAGUCAAGUGGUGGAGUAUGACCCUCGCAAGAUGGAGAGAAAUCACAUGACCACUAAUGGCCUUGAGAUGGUUGCCACGGAGAUGAAGAGCCAUCAGGAGGAUCCCAAACUAGACUACAAGAACAACCUGCUGAAGGAGAAGGCAGUGCUGACCAACAUGUGUUCCCCAAAGGCCAUCGACCUGGACAAAGAGAUGGCGAAGGCGUGCUCUUACUGAGGGGCGUGUGGAGUGCUGCUGGCUGGUCCAGGGGCAGGCGCGCAGAGGCAAUGGCGUGAUGUACAGCAGACGAGAGGAGGAGAGGAGAGUGGAGGGGGAGAGGAGGAGAGGAGAGUGAGGAGAGCGGAGGAGAGCGGAGGAGAGUGAGGGGUCUCUUGUCUUUGCGGGGGUUUGUGGGAUCUCUUCAUUUCCUCCCUGCAGGAGAGGGUGUCUGUGGGGGGUGCUGUACUGCGUUGCGCUGCCCCUGGUGGCCUGGAGUCUUUCCACCUACGGUUAGCUGCCUUUUCUCCCCCAGCCAGAGUAUAGAGAGACCUGGGCCUCACUGUUUGGCCUAGGGGUAGGAAGGCAGGCUCAGGCUGCAUCACUGCGGUACCAAGUAUCUGGAAACAGGAGCCCUAGGUAACCGAACCAAUGAGCUAUCAGUGCUAACACAUAACUCACACAGACCCCAUAGCUAUCAGCGCUAACACAUAACUCACACAGACCCCAUAGCUAUCAGCGCUAACACAUAACUCACACAGACCCCAUAGCUAUCAGCGCUAAGACAUAACUCACACAGACCCCAUAGCUAUCAGCGCUCAUACAUUCACACAGACCCCAUAGCUAUCAGCGCUAACACAUAACUCUCACAGACCCCAUAGCUAUCAGCGCUUAUACAUAACUCACACAGACCCCAUAGCUAUCAGCGCUAACACAUAACUCACACAGACCCCAUAGCUAUCAGCGCUAACACAUUACUCACACAGACCCCAUAGCUAUCAGCGCUAACACAUAACUCACACAGACCCCAUAGCUAUCAGCGCCAACACAUAACUCACACAGACCCCAUAGCUAUCAGCGCUAACACAUAACUCACACAGACCCCAUAGCUAUCAGCGCUAAUACACUCACACAGACCCCAUAGCUAUCAACGCUAACACAUAACUCACACAGACUCCAUAACUAUCAGCACUAAUACAUAACUCACACAGACCCCAUAGCUAUCAGCACUAACACAACACUUAUACAGACCUCACAGCUAUCAAUGCCAACAUUAAAAACAUUUACUACAGAGCCCCUGACCUAUCAAUGCUAACACUAAGUACAUUUACUACAGAGCCCCUAAGCUAUCAACGCUAUGACAGAGAACUUGACCACAUUUCCAGUCUCCAUUUAAAAUGCUUCCAGCAGCCGGCAGAUGUAGUCUGUGCCAUCAAACACUUCUCAUUUAGUCAUCUAGCUGGAGAUAUAUGGUACAUGUGAAUGUUUUUAAAUAAUUAUUUGCAGAUGUAGUCUAUUAAUUAUGGCCUUAUGUGUCACAGCUUGCUGCUGUAGUGCAUUACAAUCAAAUUAAUAGUCAUUAUAUAUUUUCCUGAGAUUUGAAUAUUUUUCUCUCAAUGGCCAUGUGAAGAACCUUUACAGAGUGUAUCUUAAAACGUAAUUGUAUAUUUCCAACACUAUUUUGAUUGCUACAUAGCUUGUGCAACUGUAGACAAUGGUAGAUGUGUUAAGUGUCCUUAAAGGUGAGUGAUUUAGACCAGGGCCCCACCCCUAGGCCUUCAGCAGGUAGCAGCCUCCCCCACAGUGCCUUCACCCCUAGGCCCCACCCCCCUUGGUCCCACCCCCUAUGGGCCCCAUCCCUACGGGGCCCCACCCCCACAGAGCCCCACCCCUCAGGCCUUCACCUUCACUUGUGUCGUGUGCUUCACGAGUAUUCUUCACAUGUCCCAUAUCAGUCAUCAGUACAGUUCCUCCAUUUUUGGAAGCACAGAUCAAAUACAAAAGCAAACUACAAGUACACAGAUUCAUACCGAUAACAGAUUUAUAUCAAUGUUCUAUAGAUUCAUACCAAUAUUCUAUAGAUUCAUACCAAUGUUCUAUAGAUUCAUCCCAAUAUUCUAUAGAUUCAUCCCAAUAUUCUAUAGAUUCAUACCAAUAACAGAUUCAUCCCAAUAUUCUAUAGAUUCAUCCCAAUAUUCUAUAGAUUCAUACCAAUAUUCUAUAGAUUCAUACCAAUAUUCUAUAGAUUCAUACCAAGAACAGUUUGUUGAAACAUUCUCAUUUGUGCUUGGGUCUCCUGUAGUGGAGUCUGUAGUCCUUCAGCAUACAGUGGCAGAGUUGAGAGACCCCCCCACCCCGCUCUAAACCCCCCCGCUCUGUCCCCUCCAUGAGGUGGUGUGUGUCUUUAUUUCAUGACAUUCGGUUGGGUCUGGCCAGUGAGUUAACCCAAGUUUACUCUCAUUUUAACUCAGAUUUUUACUCUGGACUGUAAGUGUAUUUUCUCUGCUGUUGUGCCUUUUGAUGUGUUUUUGUCUCGUAUCUUUGCCAUGUUAUGUACUCUCUCAUACACACACACACACACACACACACACGUAUACACACACGCAUCUUUGCCAUGUUAUGUAUUCCCUCACACUCCCCUGCAGCACAGUGGCUGAUCACUCACAUGUAGGUCAUCAUCUGCGGAGCCAUCUGAGCUCCGAUGUACAACACAUACACAUAUGCACACAUACACACACACACACACAUACACAUAUGCACACACACACACACACACACACAUACAUACACACACACACACACACACACACACACAUACACACACACACACAUACGCACAUACACAUAGACUCACUUACAUCUCACGGUACAUACACAUAAUCACACACACACACACACACAUACGCACACACACACCCUCUGUAUGCAAAGGAAGUAAGUAGAGGGAUUGACUGGCCAGCUCAGCUCAAGCCUUGAGCGCACAGAAUGAGGAGAUGGUCCACACACACACACACACACACACAUAUGCAUACGCACACACACACACACACACACACACACACACACACACACACACACACACACACACACACACAAGCCUCUCCACUGAUAGGGGACAUACAUGGAAUGUAUGGGCUUAGGUGCGUACAUCUGUUUCAUUUAUCAGCUUGCCGCCUUAUAAAGAGAAUAGGACUGAUUCCUGUGGUUUGAUUGCAUUGGAAUGUGUAACCAAAAUCAGAUUAUUCAAACAUGUAUUAAUAAACUGCUGAAUUGUUCUA